CCUGCUUGACUAUCUCUCACGCAGACAAUUCGCUCUAUUCAGCAGAACUCUGUCGCAACACGCAAGUGGGCGGAGCUUAUUCAGCCUAACAGGUCCCCGCCUCACAGAAUGGUAUAGUUGGGAACGUAUGCCCUGAGGUAAAAGAAUAAACCAAGUGCAAGGGAGAGGUGGGGGUGCAGUUUGGCUGGCUUUGAAACUCAGCAAGCUGUGGGGACUGCGUCUAUUAAAGUUCUGCUGGUUUUCCUGCUUGUGACUACUAAAUGGUAGAGGUAUAUUUUGUUAGGAAAGGCAGAAGGGAUGUCAGUGUUGUUUCUAGCUCAUUAAGUUGCCCCCUCCCUUCCCUGCCGUGUUUGCACUUACACUCUCUGUGAAGUUUUCAUUAACUCUUUGCGUCACAGUAGUGUUUCCCUCACGCCCUGAUCUUAAUGUGUCUUUGCCCUGAUGCAGUGACACCAUGUCAGUCACUUUUUUGCUGGACAUCCCUGAAGAUAAUGAGGGAGACAGCCUAGGUAGCAGCACUUUUGAAAAUGGGGAACAGGAAACAAGAUUUGGGAAGCAGCAACAAUACACUGACCCAGAUGCUGCCUUUUACGAGCAAGAUGACCAUCUUACAGCCACCAUGAAAAUUCUAGCAAACAUGCCGAGUAGAACAAUUGGGCGCUCCCAGGGGGCAAUGUUGUCAGAGUAUUAUAAUCGCACCAUGAGAAGGCGACGAGGAAGGAAGCGACCAUCUGUUUACAGCUUACAGCGAAGUGCAAGGCCCAGCCUAAGACUUAGAGAUGGUGUUUCUGAUGAACAGGAUGAACAACAAAGGCUGUUGGUAUCCGAGCUUCAAAAUACAUCAGGGACCAAUAGGAGCCGUCUGCUGAAGAGCUUUCCUCUGAGCCUGAAUGUAAAAAGGGAGCUAAAGCAGUCUAUAAAUGAUGCUGGUGGAUUAUGGCGACAAAGAAAUGUCAACCCUUGCUGCACUCAGCUAAGAGAUGAAGUGACCAUGUGUAUUCACCAGUGCUGGAUCUUCUCCCUCUCUGUGUUCCUCUCUCUGCGUCCAUGGCAUGUGGCACUAAAGCAGAUUGGUGGACGCUUUGGAUCUAGCGUCCUUUCAUAUUUUGUCUUCCUGAAGACUCUUCUAGAAUUCAAUAUCUUCUUGAGCUUUCUUUGCAUCGUAUUUAUUGUAAUUCCGCAAGCUGUGCAUCCACUGAACAUUCCUAAUCCACGUGUAUUCACUGGCCUAGAGCUGCUCACAGGAGCUGGCUAUUUUUCCAGUACCCUAAUGUACUAUGGGUAUUAUAGCAAUCUUACUCUGAAUGAGAAUUGUUCCUCUGGAUUUAACAUUACAGCUUGCCCUGCCGGCAGGGCCUGGUUUCCCUACCACAUGCCAUUGGCGUAUUUAUUUACAAUUGGAGCUGCAUUUGUGAGCACUUGCAUUAUCCUAGUUUACAGGAUGUCAUGCUCGUUUGGAGAUAGCUUCCGUGUGGGACUUUUCCGUGGUGCUACGGCUGUAAAGGUGUUCAGUUCAUGGGAUUUUAAAGUUACUCAGAAUCGAUCGGUACAGAGACAGCGAGAAAAUAUCCACAUGCAGCUAAAGGAAAUGCUAAGUGAACGACUGCAAAGUGACCGUCCAGUUGUCUUAAAGAAGCAACUGAAGAGUAUUUUUAUUCACACGCUGUCUUGGGCAUUGUGUUUAGGGAGCUGGCUUGGGGCUGCAGUAGUUGUGUAUCUGCUGUCAGAACAUCUGCACCAGGAUCACCGGGCUCGAGUAAAAAGAGGUGGAGAACCAGAGGUGGAAGCUAUGCUCCUCCCUUUGCCUCUGGCUGUGUCUGUGUUAAAUCUACUGCUACCAUACAUGUACCAUGCUCUAGGAUUAUGGGAGAAGCUGGACUUCCCUGUGCUGGAGGUUUAUGUCGCCAUCUGCAGGAACCUUAUACUGAAGAUUGUGGUCCUUGGUGUUAUGUGUUACCAUUGGCUAAUACGGAAGACAAAAUUUCUUGAAAAUAAGUGCUGGGAAACCUUUGUUGGCCAGGAAUUAUAUCGCUUUGUGAUCAUGGAUCUUUUAUUCAGUCUAUUGGAUACACUGUUUGGAGAGUUUCUUUGGCGGAUCAUCCUAGAGAAGAAAUACAAAAAGAAAUGUAGGACAGAAUUUGACAUUGCUCGAAAUGUGCUUGAGCUGAUAUAUAGUCAGACACUUGCCUGGCUUGGGGUGCUCUUCUGUCCCCUUCUCCCAGUUGUGCAAGUUCUGAAGCUUCUGCUCCUGUUUUACAUAAAGAAGGCCAGUCUGAUGAGAAAUUGUAGGUCUCCCAGCAAACCUUGGAGGGCUUCUCACAUGAAUACCACCUUUCUGACAUUGCUUUGCUUCCCUUCCUUCCUGGGAGCCUCUGUAUUCUUCUCCUACACUGUAUGGUCGGUGAAGCCCUCAGGUACAUGUGGUUCUUUUCGUUCCCUAACCACAAUGUAUGAAGCUGGGAAGUUUUAUAUGCGGGAGCUGGAGAAAUCGAAUCCUGGCUUGGGCUGGGUUAGCUGGAUCCAUCAUUAUCUUGUGGAGAAUACGUUCUUCAUAUACGUGGCAGCUGGAGUCCUUCUGAUUGUAAUUUACUUCCACAUUCAGAUUGUAAAUGGACAAAGAAAAAUUAUAAACCUUCUGAAAGAGCAGAUCUCUAACGAAGGAGAGGAUAAGCGGUUUCUGAUAGAAAGGCUUCAUUCUUUUUAUGAGAAGAGGAGCAAAGAGAAGCGGCAUUCUCAGCAACAAAAGGCUUAUUUUAACCCUGGGAACACUUAAACUGAAAGGUUGUACUUGGAAAAUUGAUUCCUUUCCAUAUAUCCUAUUAUCCAAAGUUGGAGGCUUGCAACUGGGCUAUUGAAAAUGAAUGCUCCUGUCCAUGCCUUCUCUCAAGAUUCAAGUUUGGGAUGUGUAGAUUAUGCAGUAGCAAAAUGGAUUCCCCUAGUACCUGCUGCCCAGAUACCAGAAUUGGAGCUUUAUAACUUAUAGUGGAACACUGUUUCCCCCAGUAUGUGCCUUAAUGAAAGACUUGCUUGUGAUAUGACUACUAGCGACAUGUGCCCACAUAACUGGACCUAUUUUUAUGAAACAGUAUUGCUUUUUAUGAUAUUUUUAAAAAAUAAAUUGAUUAUAUGCGUGA